CCUCUACUUACAUCGUCGACUUCGUUCAGAUCAUAAGUCCUUGAGCAGCACUUCUUAGCUUUCACGGCUCUUGAAAAAUCACGCUUUAUUCGAAUAGUCUCAGUUGUAGGACAUCCCUUGAAACGGAUCUGGACGGCCAGGCUUGACGUAUCUUAACGUUCUGUUGCAAUCAUAAUGUUUUCAACCAGCUAAUUCAGAGUCGCAGCUGCUGUUAUAAGUUUGAUCAAAUUACAAAGAGUACGAGGUACUCCCCGACCGAAACCCCCCAUCUCAAGAUGUGCGACUGGGAGGAGUUCCUCUUCACCUGCAACCACUCCGUUCUACGGCUCAAAUCAUACUGCCACUUUGCCCGCAACGACCCCGGCCACCAAUGCUUCGGCGUCAAGGUUCUUCGCAACUCGUGGCAGCAAAGCGUUCCGUGCGAUAAUUGCAUCUUGGCUUGGCAGGGCCAGGGUCACCCGCAUUUCGCCGCCGGGCAGCACCGUCAGCAGGAGUUCAUUGGCGGCCAGCAACAACGUCGUCAUUAAUUCAGUCCAGUCGCUUUCAAGUUUUUGAGAGCACCCUUGCGCGUCAAGGGAGAGUGGCAUGGAGUAUAUUCAUUGUGUCAGGUGCGAAUAUCGUGAAGACAGGGCCUUCAUGUGUACGCCAGAUUGUUUGUAGAGCAACUGUGAUUUUCGAAGAUAUUUCAAUAGCUAGAGAUCGCAAGGAUUUCUGCCCCGCACAGAAUAUUAGGUUUACUUGAUUUGUCGGGAGACGGUAGAACGAAAAGUAUCUGGUGGUCACGCUCAGUGUAGUUGUCCUCUUUUCUCAAUUCUUACAAGGAAGUUGGUUGGAUGACAGUGUUUCCCUGUUCUAGCAGGAUGAUGAGGAGCCUGAGAAGUUGUGUUACAUGGUUCUAGAUUUCUGUAGGAACGACCCAAGUCUUACGCGGGCUUAUGCAUGUUAUUACUUUGAUGAGGAGUGACGUGAGGACUGACAUCGGUCUGAUGUUUCUGGGUUUUGUUGCUUCCGGAGUGCUUGGAGUAAAGUACUAAGACUCACUCCGAAGCGGUCCUGCAAGCAUUCGUUACACACUUUUCAAGAUUAGAUAGAUACUGG